AUGGUAAGACUAGUUAUAACCAUGGCUAGUCUAACAGCUGUGUUGUCUCAGUGGUUCCAGGCUGUGCUGGGUAAAGAGGACAUCCUGCCAGACUCAGUGAGGACCCUGAUCAACACCAACUAUGAUCCAGUCUAUCAGUUACACCAGGCCUUCCUCAAGGAGGUGGAGCAGAGGCUGCAGCAGUGGGAGGGGCGGUCCAACGCCCACAUUAAAGGAGACUACCAGCGUGUCGGUGACGUCAUGCUGAAGAACAUUCAGGGGUUAAAGCAGUUGACGCCCCACCUGCAGCGUCACGGUGAGGUGUUGGUUGAGUUGGAGCGUUCCUGCCGUGCCUCCCAGCGGCUGCAGGAAGUGUGUCGAGAGUUUGAGCAGCAGAAGGUGUGUUACCUGUCCCUGAACAUGUUCCUGCUACGCCCCCUGCAUCGUCUGCUGCACUACAAACUGAUUCUGGAGAGACUCUGCAAACACUACCCCCCCACACACCAAGACUUCAGAGACAGCAGAGCUGCCCUAGCUGAUAUAUCAGAGAUGGUGCUGCAGCUUCAGGGAACCAUGAUGAAGAUGGAGAACAUCCAGAAGCUUCUAGAACUGAAGAAAGAUCUGACAGGCAUCCAGGACCUGGCUAUACCUGGCAGGGAGUUUAUCAGACUGGGCUGUCUCAGUAAGCUCUCAGGGAAAGGACUACAGCAAAGAAUGUUCUUCCUGUUCAGUGAUUCCCUGGUGUACACCAGCAGAGGUAUGACAGCAGACAACCAGUUCAAAGUUCACGGCCAGCUGCCUCUCUACGGCAUGACAGUAAGAGAGAGUGAGGAUGAGUGGGGAGUUCCUCAUUCUUUCACUCUGUUUGGUCAGCGCCAGUCUGUCGUCGUGGCAGCAAGCUGUGUAUCAGAGAUGGUGAAAUGGAUGGAGGACAUCAGGAUGGCUGUAGUCCUGGUAGAACAGAGUAACAGACCUUCUACUGAUCUACUGUCCACCAGUCGAUCAGACCGCAAGUCUCCAGAAGAGAGCGGUGUGGAGGCUGAGUCAGAGGAGGAGCUGAGUGCGUCUCGUAGCUCAUUGGAGCGUCAGUCAGCACAGAGAGGAAACACGACGGUUCAUGUCUGCUGGCACCGCAACACCUCUGUGUCCAUGGUGGACUUUAGUGUGGCUGUGGAGAACCAGUUAUCAGGUAACCUGCUGAGGAAGUUUAAGAACAGUAAUGGGUGGCAGAAACUCUGGGUGGUCUUCACCAACUUCAGCCUGUUCUUCUACAAGUCACAUCAGGAUGACUACCCUCUGGCUAGCCUCCCGUUGCUAGGCUACUCGUUGACGGUUCCCGGGGAGACAGAGAACAUCCAGAAGGACUACGUUUUCAAGCUCCACUUUAAGUCUCAUGUGUACUACUUCAGAUCAGAGAGCCAGUACACCUUCCAGAGGUCAGUUCCCUUGGCAACCUGUUGUGUGGUGUUGUCUUCAGUAGUGUGGUGUUGUCUUGUUGUCUUCAGUAGUGUGAAGUUUCCGACUGACAAGGCCUACUUCAUCGCCAAGGAGCUUCUCACCACAGAGAGAACCUUUCAGAAGGACCUGGCAGUUAUAACCGUGUGGUUCCAGGCUGUGCUGGGUAAAGAGGACAUCCUGCCAGACUCAGUGAGGACCCUGAUCUGCACCAACUAUGAUCCAGUCUCUCAGUUACACCAGGCCUUCCUCACAGGAGGUGGAGCAGAGGCUGACAGCAGUGGCUCCUCUGAGGAGUGUGUGUGA